UAUAUACAUGCCGACAUGCCGAACAAAAAUGAAAUUUGAUGGGUGAGUAGAUUGGGAGGGUUGUAAGACUUAAUGUAGACUACUUCUGGAAAAGUAUGCACAACACAAUAUAAUGUGCAUAGAUAUAAUUGGAAUAAACUGUUAAAAAAAAAUCUGACACUAGCCAGGAUCUUUUAAUUAUCUUAUCUGAACUGAAAUUCAAAUUGAAAUGCAUUUGAACAUUUUUAGUGUUAAAAUAGUGGUGGUGAUGGAAUAAUAAUGAUUUUAAAGUAGAAAAAUGUGCUUACCUUAAAUAAUGCAUGAAGACAAUUUAUUUGAAAUACAAACCACCCUGGUACUGGAUUAGAACACACUGGAUUAGCACAAAGCUGUUUGACACUGAAUCAUUCAUUUAUCAACUGAGAAAUCAGUUUCUAAUGCAUUAAGUGCAGAACUACAAUUGCAGAUUUAAAAAACCUUUAAAACAAGGCUAGAUUUUUAUAAUAGCUUUGACCUUAUAUAUUUUUAAUCCUGUCACUUCAUACCUUUGUCCUAAAUGUUUCUGCGGGAGUUAUUUUCAGUUUCAGCAGGCAUUUUAUGUUGAGACCUCAGAAAAUUCUAGCCAUGACAAUUAAAACGUACAUCCUGUGUUUGCACCAUUUUACAAACAAAACGCCCAAAAAAAGCUUUUGUGUUUCUGAACAAAUAUAAAAUAGGCUACUUUCAGAAAUGUUUCAGAAGUUGUUGGCAAUUUCUCAUUUUACUGGAUGAUUAUUGCCGAUUCAUGCAUUAAAGAGAUAAUUGAACAGCUCAUUUUAGAGCAUUUUUUUGUAUUGGAAAUGUCUGCCUUCUGAAAUUAUGAUAAGGUUUUAUUUAUUCAUAACGGUUCAACACUAGUUGGACUCUAAUUCCACUGCUAAGGCUCCUUAUAACUUUAUUAAAGGCAGAAACUGGUGUCCUAUUUGGAAACACAUUGACACCAUUGAAAAGGUGUCCUUUUUAACUCUGUGCCAGCAUAUGCAAUAGAUAGCUCAUAUUUCAUUCCCCCAUUUUAACGCGUUUGGUUCAUUCUAACCUUUAAUUAAUUUUUUAAAGCUUUAUUUUGAUAAAUAGCCCCCCAUUAAUAGCUUGCACCAGUUGUAACCAAUGGCAGAGCUUGGCAGCUGGCCUGUUUGGAGGCUGUCUGCGCCCUCAGCUGCCUCCAGAAGUGACAGUCGGCUCUCUGUAUACACUAUCUGACUGUUGGAAGCCUGAAAUAUUUGAAUGUCAUUAGGGGAGGUCAUCUGUGGCUCGAGGAGGGGGCUGGUCAAUAGGGGUUCAUAUAUGCCUCUGCAAUGGAGCAAGUGGAGACUUGCAUUAUAUGGUGGCCAUAGGGCCCUUUUUGAGGCUCCAGGGCCAUCUGUACACCAAUUUAAAUGGUAUAGUCCAAUUUGAACACCCCUCCAUAUUGAGCUAAAAUGGAAGAGCCUCUUUUGCAGUGUUUGCUGGGAAGAAGAAGUACAGUCCGGAUUGGGACUUUGGAGAGGGAGGUAGCAAUCUGAAGAGAACCUUGGAAAGAAAGAAAACAAGAUCUCCAUUUGGGAAAUCCAGUUUUUCUCACUGCAACGUGAACUAACCGAUAAGACUGUCUUCCUCCGGACACAAUGGCUGACAACGAGAUAUUUGAGGACCCAGAGAAGCUGAAGAGGGGUCUGGUGAAGGUUCUGGAAUGCGUGGCCACCAUCUCGUCCGCAGCAGCGGUGGUCAAUCCCAUCUUCGGCGUGGCUGGAUCUCUCAUCCGAGUGGUGCUGCACCACGUGGACGACGAGGACAUCCAGAAACUCAAGCGCGAGUUCGGCAGCGUGAAUCGAGCAAUCGACGAAAUCUCACAGCAGAACCGUCAAGCCCUGCUGCAAAUCAGGAAGGAAACGGUGGACAAACAGUACCACGAGGUGGAAGAAAACAUUCGCAAUCAGUUCCGCAAAUUCAUGGAGAUCGUGGAGGCCAAACCGGAGAACGUGCAGCGCAAGAAGGAUGAUUUCGUAGAGAGCUUCAUCAAUGAUAAAGAUGACCAGAACAUGUACACGCUUUAUGAAGGUGUGAUGGGGAAGCGCAAGCUCUUCAGUCAGCCCAUCCUAGACGUCUACAUGAAGCACUCGCAGGGUGACCAGCGCGUCAUGGAAAACCUCUGCACUCGACUCGCGUACCUGUUCUGCAUCGGUUUCAUCGCUCUGAUGGGCUACUAUGGCAUCAUGGGGGAUGAUCUGCAAUCUCGAAACGAAGAGUGGGAAGAGAACAUGAGGAACGUGCAGGAGAAAAUGCAGGAGGUGCUGAGGAGAUGCAAGUGAUCGUGAAAGCUUUCUGCGCAACCCAAGCUCUUUAUUGCCUUUGCCUUUUCGUCUUACACUAAUAGACUUCAUCGACAUGCAGCUUUAUCUCCCUGAUGACUGAAGGUCAUGCUCAAGUGUACACAGUCAUUUCCUUUAGCUCUUGUUUUUUUGUUUUUAAUCGCACAAUUGCAUUUCUUCACGCCUCGUCUCCCUUUAUCACUACAUCACCGAGUUAUUUCACACUAAUCUAAAGAAUGCUGGUUGUGGUAUAAAUAUUAUUCAAGUUAAUAAGCAGUGUCAUCUUGAAAACUGACUACAUGAUGAACUACUUGUUUCAUGGAUGAAUACAUGGUAUAUUCAAAUGUAUUCUAUAAAUAAAUAUAAUUUAAGAAACUACCUAUGUAUCGAUCUAUAUUCAUAAAUGUUGCAAAAUAAGGAGCAUACAAUUUACUUUCUGUGCAAACCAAGAUCCAUAUUUCGGUCAAUUUUUCAUGUUCAUGCAUCUUUUUGGCAUAGAUUUAGCUGUGCAUUUAACUGUAUCCUGUGUACUUUAGUGCCAUUAGAACAGAUGAUCAGAUCAUAUAUUUUAAUACAAAUUUAAUUUGAAAACUGAUGGAUACUUGCAUUGCUUUGACUUGUUUUGGAUAAAUUAAAAUAUGUGCUUGCUGUACUGUGGCACAUUUAGUCUGAAGUUAUUCUAGAUAAUCAUGUUCGUUCAUCUAUUAUCACAUUAAUUUAUCCAAGCAUUACACAUGAAUGUACCUGACUUAUGUGUCGGUGUGCUUUUUGAAUGUCUCAUGGAUUGACCUUCCCAGUCAUUAUUAAAAUACCUUUUUAUUUUUUGUUAUUCAGUCUUUGGAAUGCUGUUGCAUUUAAAACGCUGUACAAUAUUGUUACAUUUUUCAAUAAAGAUACAAGGAAUGAAAUGAA